AUUCGGAAACAAAUUAUAGAUGAAAAAUUAUCGGAGAUCACAAAUUAUGAAGAGGUCCGAUCACAAAUCGUGUCCGCCCUAGAAGCUCUUAAAGAAGGAGAGCGACCACUUGAGCAAACACCUCUAAUUUAUCAUUUAGAUGUCGCUGCUAUGUAUCCAAAUAUAAUUCUCACAAAUCGACUCCAACCUGAUUCAAUUGUCACUGAUGAAGUGUGUAUUAGGUGCGAUUAUAACGUCCCUGGAAAAAAAUGUGAUAGAAGAAUGACUUGGUCAUGGCGAGGCGAUUUUUAUCCUGCAAAGGCAAAUGAGUAUAAAAUGAUUAAAAAGCAAUUAAUGUCUGAAAUAUUUCCCGGAAAAAACCCCGGGGAUAAAGGACGCGCUUAUUAUCUUUUAAGUCCGGAAGAACAAGCUGCCCUUCUAAAGAAACGUCUUGGAGAUUAUUGUCAAACAGUCUACAAAAGAAAAAAAGAAACAGAGGUGGAACAGAGAGAAGCCAUAGUUUGUCAACGUGAAAAUCCGUUUUAUGUUAAUACUGUCCUAAGUUUUCGUGAUCGAAGAUACAAAUAUAAAGAUGACGUUAAAGAAUGGAAAAAGAAACUGACAGAAGCAACAAAAAACGAAGACCUUGUAAAAAUUGAAGAAGCUAAAAAAAUGAUCGUUUUAUAUGACUCUUUGCAGCUGGCUCAUAAAUGUCUUCUUAACUCCUUUUAUGGUUAUGUUAUGCGCAAAGGUUCUCGAUGGUAUUCAAUGGAAAUGGCUGGGGUAGUAUGUGAUACAGGUGCGAAAAUUAUUCAAAUGGCCAGACAAUUGAUUGAAAAAAUUGGAAGGCCUCUCGAACUUGAUACGGAUGGAAUUUGGUGUAUUCUUCCUUCAACAUUUCCGGAAAAUUUUACAUUUGAAUUAUCUUCCGGAAAAACAUUUUCAAUUUCAUAUCCUUGUACAAUGUUAAAUUACUUGGUGCACCAAAAAUUUACUAAUGACCAAUAUCAGAGGUUUUCCCAGAAAGAAAAGAUAUAUGAAAUUGGAAAAGAAAAUAGUAUAUUUUUUGAGGUUGAUGGGCCAUAUCGAGCAAUGAUUUUGCCUUCCUCCUUAGAAGAGAAUAAGCUUCUAAAGAAACGCUACGCUGUAUUUGCUCAUGAUGGCACUUUACAAGAGUUGAAAGGAUUUGAGGUGAAGCGGCGUGGCGAACUCAAACUUUUAAAAAACUUUCAAGAAUCUAUAUUUCAAGUUUUCCUUAAAGGGGAAACAUUAAAGGAUUGUUAUACUGAAGUUGGAAAAGUUGCAAACGCUUUUUUGGAUGUACUUGAACAAAAAGGUGCCACUCUUUCUGAUGAAGAGCUAAUAGAUAGUAUUAGUGAAAAGCGAGGAAUGUCACGUUCUCUAGAAGACUAUGGUGAACAAAAAUCUACAUCUAUUACGGCUGCAAAACGUCUGGCAGAAUUUCUGGGUACAGACAUGGUCAAAGACACUAAGUUAACAUGUCACUUUAUUAUAUCGGCUAAACCUCUAAGGGAGGCAAUAAGUGAACGAGUGAUCCCAAUAGCGAUAUUUUCAGUUGAAGAAAAUGUAAAAAGGCAUUAUAUACGAAAAUGGCUUAAAGAUCCAAAGAUGGAUAACUUUGACAUUAGAAAUAUCUUAGAUUGGACUUAUUAUUAUGAACGUCUUG